AAAUUUUCCCUUUGACCAGAAAUUCGAUAAUUCCAUCCUAUACUUUCGAUGGAAGCUAGCUACGUAGGGCACACUUAAUUCAUGAGGACAACAAGUAAAGUAAGAUUUUCUUACUUUUUUUCAAGUAUCAAUAUAUAUAAACAUACUCGGGAUCGCAUCAAUAAACUCCAGUAAAUGAUGCAAGUGUCCAAGGAAGUGCGGCCAGGUUUGCGGAUACUUUCACUGCUGCUGCUGCUGGGGAUGAUGGUACUUCUCCUUCAUAUCUCCCCUGCCUCCUCAGCGCCCGUCCCGGAGGACAACCACCUACCCGCGGUGGCGAACGACCCCUACGAGAAGCGCCCUCCCAAGCUGAAGAAGAGCCUCCUGUCUCCUCUGUACAAAAAAUUAUACCCGUUCUACGAUCGGCCCCGUUACCGGUAUCCCUACUACGACGCUGAAGGUAAUGGCGAGCUGCUCUACGGCUACGGCGGCAAGAGGUUGUACAGCUACUCUGUCUUCCUACCUGUCGAAGGCUACUACAGGAAGUAGGAACCUUGUCUCAGCCAGGGAGUUCAACUUUUAUUUUUAUUUACACUAUUUGCUUUCUUCUACUUCAGAUUAACCAUGAAUUUUGAAAAAAACGACAA